AAGAGCUGCAAGAAGAUACAAGCUGAAAAGGUUCACAUGAGACUUGGCUCCUCAAUUUGCGCACCUGUAAGAUCCUCCACGUAGGCUGCACUUAAAAAAUGGAGCUUUUGGAAAACUCCACAGCAUCAACCAUGCGCCUCUCCCUGCACACACAGAGCAGCGCGAACUCCCAGGCGGACAAAAGCGACGGGAACGCAUACCUGUACAUACUGAUAGUCAUGUCUUUCUAUGGAGUCUUCCUCUGUGGCAUAAUGUUUGGCUACUUCCGCUCCAAGAGGAGGGAGAAGAGGAGAAUCAACAUCUUCACGCGCCUAGUGCACGAGGAGGAGCAACGGGAGUGGGGCGCGCUGCCCAAGAAGCACAGCCUCACCUUUCCCGCCGCUGUCUCCGGACUGCGCUCGGUGCAGGUGUCCCUGCCUUUCUGCGGUAACCACGGCAACCACUUUGGACACCUCCAGUACGAGGGCGCGCUGCCCUCUCCGCUGGCGUGCGCGCUGUGCACGGAGCAGAGCAGCAUCAGCUCCCUGUGCUCCUCCGCGGACACGCGCCUCGCCAUAGAGGAGGAGUCGGACAGCGGCACGGCGGAGGGACCGGAGGAGCACAUGAAGGGAGGAUCCGAGAACAGCGGAGACGAUUCAGGCUGAACGCCGCCCAGAGGACCGGUGUGUUAACACCCCCACAAACACAAAAAAAGAGGACAAACAUCACCUGGAGGGAAGACCAGGAGGCUGUGAAGCGUUUUCUUAUCACAGAAGCCCAAACAGUCCAACCGUAAAUCCUCUAUUUGCCAUGGAAACACCCAAAAUCAACAUCAUCAUGAUAUGAUCUCCAGAAAAGGCCUGAAAAAGACUUUGUGGCCAAUAUUAAAUGUUUUAGAUCUUAGUCUCGGCCACACACGGCCAUAUGGAAACUUUUUUUUAGUUCUUUAAAUAUCGAUUUUCAAUGAUAAGAUACCAGCGGUGACAUUUAAAUUUAUGACUACACUGGUCUUUUUUAUAUACGUCAUAUGUUGGGAUAACUUAUAAUUUAUAUAUCAAUCAACACAUAAUGAAUGUAAUAAUUCAGUGCAACUUUAUUUAUCUCUGCAAAGGGCAACUGUAUGCAGCAGCUCACCAGCCAGGUCAACACACAUUAAAUCCAUGAAUCACAAAGGUAAAAUAAUCAAAGCCUUUAUGCUUAUAAACUACAUGUGGAGUUGUUAAUAAAUACAUGAAUUGCAUAUAAAUAACUACAAGUAACACUGAUGAACAGAAGAAUGAAAACAUGAAUAUGAGUUAUAUUGUGCAACUCUGAUUUUGCCUCAUUUUGGUGAUGACCCCUCCCUGCUGGUACCCCCCCCCCCCCCCCAACCCCCACCCCCACCCUGGCUGACGCCACAACGAGGACCACCUCACUGGUUUGGGCUGAUGACUCACCCUGCAGGGGCCUGAGUCAGAGACUGGCUUGUUUUUGGCUGUUUGGACUGAACUUGACUCGCUCUUGCCAACGUGGUUUUGAGUGUUGAAAUGUACCUGGAACCCACUUGAAAGAUUGUCUGAACUAAAAAUGCAUUUGUUGUAGCUUCAUAACAGACACGCUGUUCAUACACAGUUGAUGACGUAGGUUUACUUGAAGAAAGCAAUGCACUGUACAUACGGUUUGUAUUUGUCACUCUGUGAGGCUUAAUUUAAGAUGGAAUCUUUGUAGUGUUUCAGAGAAAAAAGAAUGCUUUUGAUUUGAGACAAGCUUUGGUUUCCUCUUUUUUUCUUAUUGAACUAUGGUGAAGCAC